AUGAAGCAAAGAAUCACGGGACUUGAGUUGAAGAUCUUGACGUCGGAGUUAAACAACUCCAUCUUGAACUACAGAUUGCAAAACAUCUUCAACUUGGCCAACUCUUCAAGACAAUUCUUGUUGAAGUUUUCCAUACCUGACUCUAAGAAGUUUGUGGUUGUUGAUUGUGGGAAUAAGCUCCAUCUAUCCAAUUAUGACAGACAGACCACUCCCUCCCCCUCCAACUUUGUCACCAAGCUUAGAAAGCACUUGAAAACUAGACGGGUCACUGCCAUCAAACAAGUCCAAAAUGAUCGGGUGGUGGUCUUCCAAUUCAGCGAAGGGCUGUAUUAUCUUGUGAUGGAGUUCUUUAGUGCUGGGAACAUUCUUCUCUUAGACGAACAGAGAAAGAUUUUAUCUUUGCAGCGUCUUGUUAGUGAGAAGGAAAACAACGAUAGAUACGCCGUUAACGAAACAUAUAAUAUGUUUGACGAAUCGUUGUUCACUUCAGAUUUUGUUUACCAGCCUGCUAAGUAUACGACUGAGGAAGUGAAGUCGUGGAUUGCUAUUGAAAAUGAAAAAUUAUUGAAUAAAAUAACAGCUGAAUCAACCAAGAAGAAACAAAAGGUCCCCUCCAUUAAUAAAUUACUUUUUCUUCAUGCUAGUCACCUUUCUAGUGAGUUGAUCCUCAAAGAAUUGGAAGAAAAGGGUGUCAAUGGCUCUGGGAGUGCACUUGAAUUCCUUUCUGAUGAUGAAUCUUUGGUAAAAAUAGUUGAGGCAUUAACAUCAGCAGAGAUUACUUAUCAAGAUUUUCUUAAUACGGAUAAAGAAGUUGUGGGGGUAAUUGUUGCUAAAAAAAAUCCAAACUUUGACCCUCGUAACCAAACAGGUGCUUCUAGUGAUUCAUUAGAAUAUAUCUAUGAUGAAUUUCAUCCUUUUAAGCCUUUCAAGCGUGAUCCUCAAACUUACCAAUUUAUUGAUGUUCAAGGCUAUAAUAAUACCUUGGAUAAGUUCUUUGUUGAAGUUGAAUCCAGCAAGUAUUCAAUCAGAAUAGAACAAACAAGAUUACAAGCAGAAAAGCGGUUACAGCAUGCUAGAAAUGAAAAGGAAAAGCAAAUUCAAUCUUUGGCUGCUCAAAAGGAAGCCCAUACUAAAAAGGGUGAAACAUUGAUCCAUUUUGCUAAUGUGGUUGAAGACUGUAAAGCAUUUAUUCAAACCAUGUUGGACCAGCAAAUGGACUGGACAAAUAUGGAGAAAUAUAUUCAAUUAGAACAAUCAAAGGGCAAUAAAAUUGCCAAUACCAUUAAGCUACCAUUAAACUUGACCAGCAACAAGAUCACUUUGGCAUUACCAGAUAUCGAUGAGCUUGAUGACGAGAGUUAUUUGGAAGACGAUAAGGUAACCGAUUUGAAUUCUAGUGAUACUAGUGAACUGGAUUGGGAAUCAUCAUCUGAAAGUGAAGAAGAUUCUGAUGAUGAUGAAGAUGAUGAUGAGAAAAUAGUUAAAAGAAAGGGAAGGAAACAAACUCUGACAAGCAAAAGGAACACUCUUCCCCAUAAGAAACUAAUCUCUGUUGCCAUAGAUAUUGGACUUUCUGCCUUUGCAAAUGCAAGUACUUAUUUUGAUUCGAAGAAAUCUGCUGAAUCGAAGCAAGAUAAAGUGGAGAAGAAAACGUCUAUUGCAUUGAAAAAUGCUGAAAGAAAGAUUCAAAGUGAUCUUGCUCAAAAGUUAAAGUUUGAGCCUGAAGCAAUUAAACACAUUAGACCUAAAUUCUGGUUUGAGAAGUUUUAUUGGUUCAUUUCUAAUGAAGGCUAUCUCUGUAUUGCCGGAAGAGAUGACUCUCAAACAGAUAUGAUUUAUUACAGACAUUUGAACGAUAAUGAUUGUUUAGUGUCUUCAGAUGUCAUAGGCUCUCUCAAGGUGUUUGUGAAGAACCCUUAUUCCGGUCAGAAGGUUCCUCCAUCCACGUUAAUGCAAGCUGGAGUUUUUGCUUUAUCUGCUUCUGAUGCUUGGAGUAAUAAGAUUACAACAUCAGCCUGGGUUUUGGAAGUAAGUGAAAUUUCUAAAAGAGGGCAUGGAGGACAAUUUUUGCCAGAGGGUCAAUUCGAAUACAAAACUCAAAAGGAGUUUUUAGCACCCUCACAAGUUGUCAUGGGGUUUGGGUUAUACUGGCUUGUGGAUGAAGCUACCGCAGAAAAGUACAAGGCAACUCGUGAACAGAAACAGAAGGAUUUUAAGAUUGUAUCGGGCAACGUAAAGAAAGAACUUGAAGGAUUGCGAGUUGCGUAUUUGGAGAAGGAAAAGGAGAAGAGCACCCAUACCAAUGGUAAAUUUGAGGAAGUGAAGGAGACAUCUGAACCUGGCCAAGUAUUGAAGAAGAAGGAGGAGGAAGAAGUUGAAGCUGAGUCUACAGUGACUUCUGAUAACGAAAGUGUGUCAGACUCUGUGGUUCAACUUCAAAAAGCCAAAGUUAGAGGAAAAAAGGGCAAGAUGAAAAAGAUUGCCCAAAAAUAUGCUGAUCAAGAUGAUGAAGAACGAGUACUUCGUAUGGAUGCAUUGGGCACAUUGAAACAGAAACAACAAAUUGAAGCUGAUAAUGAAGCCAGAAUCAAGAAGGAAGAAAACUCAAAGAAGCUGCAAAUUAUCAAUGCUCAAUUGGCUGCUGAAAGGCGCAAGAAACAAUCCGAAAGAGAAUUCAAUAAAUAUUUACUGGGUACAACGGAUGAGGAUGAAGAGGAAUCAGGAAUAGAGAAUUAUUUGGAGAUUAUGGAUUACAUGGUAUCCAAGCCUCAACCUACAGACAAUGUUUAUGCUCUUGUGCCUGUGUUUGGGCCAUGGCAGGCGUUCCAAAAGUUCAAGUACAAAGUCAAAUUCCAACCUGGAACUGGCAAGAAAGGUAAGGCAAUGAGUGAUGCCUUGCAUUGGCUUACGUCUCGGAAAAUGGAUCUUACAGGAACAGAUACGGACAUAGAUUGGCAAAAUGAACGGGACAUUUUACUGUCUACCAAACACCUUGAUCUUAUUGGAUGUUUUACCGUGAACAAAGUUAAGCUCGUAUUACCGAAUGGAAACGAAUCGGUGAAUAAGAGCAAAGGACAAUCGUUGGGUAAGAACGGUAGUAAGAAAGGUGGUAAAAAGGGCAAAAAGUAG